GGUCACGCGGGGUCACUCAGGUGUGUGUUUUUUCCCUCCAUCAGUUUUCAGGUGUAUUCCUACUGAAAGUAAACAAAUGGACUCCGCUGUGGUUUGUUGUAAAAACAUGAAAAAUGUGACCACACCGCGCGGAUUACAGCGAGUGAAAUGCCCGGCCACAAGAGAAGAUAUAAUGUGCGGUUUCCUCCCGUGAGUACGAACUUUACCCAGGGCCGCAUCAAAAAGAUCAUGCAGAAGGAUGCAGAGGUGGGGAGGAUUGCGAUGGCAGUACCUGUGAUUAUUUCUCGGGCGCUGGAAAUGUUCCUGAAGUGUCUGCUGACAAAAACCUGUUUGAUAACUCAGUCGAAGCACAGCACUGUCGUAUCUGUCGCUCAUAUGAAGCAGUGCAUUGAGUCAGAGAAGCUCCUCCACUUCCUCAAAGAACUGGCAGAGCGAGCGUCAUCUACGACAAGCCAGAAAGAUAACAGAGGCAUGAAUGUGUGGCCGUUAUACAGGACCAGACGACACGACAUCUCAGUUAAAAAACCACCUGAAGUCGUAGAAAAGGCCCCACGGUCGAGCCUCGACUCUCUGGACAAUGAGUCCAGCUCCAGUGAGUCGGAGCUUUACAUCUGCCUCUGAUGAUCCACCAGAGGACAGGGCUGUAGGUUUUCACAUCUUUUCACUUAGAAGUCCGUUGUUACGUAAGCCCUGCUGAUGCAGGUCACAGGAUGCAGUGUGGAUAAGAAGUCAUUUGGAGAGAGACAUGUUAUUUAGUGUUUUAGACCUUUCUCUGCUCAUGUUUUUUGUUGUUGGGAUUUUCUUUUAAAUGGUCUUGUUUUGUUUGGAUGAAAGCCCAUCCUCUCUUUUUGUUUGUAGCAGAUCUGUUUUAGGUGGACAGGAAGAAUGUGAUGUCUCUGUGUAACACUGCACUUCAAAAAUAUUCUGUAAUACAAAACAAGUUUUUGUUUAUGCAGUAAGUUAAAUGAUUUAUGUUCCAUUGAUUGUUUAUAAGGUAGAAUAAUGUCCCCGUAGUUCUCACAGUUUCUCCAUUUUAACCAGCGACAUGCCUUUCAAACCACGGAGCCAACCUCAGUGCUAAUUCUUGAUGAAAAGUGACCUUUGUGUUUUCUGUUUUUGAGCGUUUAAUUUUUAAAGUAUUUGUAAAUUAACGUUUUAAAGACAGUAAACCUUUGGAUAUGUAAAAAUAAAUAAAUUUCAGCUUCUGUGAUUGACAAGUUUAAAAGAUGUGCUCACAUAAAUAAAAACAAUUCAAACACGUA